GAUGUGGUUCCACCUCUAAUAGCCACACACGUGCGCGCUUGUUGCGCUUAGAUUUUUAUUUGAUUUGUUACUUAAAGUGUGAAUUUAGUCGGGCAAAAUGGGUUCCAAGCGGGCGAUGGACGUGCACGUGUUCCCCUCGGACCUGGAGUUUGCCGUGUUCACCGACCAGGAGAUCCACAAGCUGAGCGUGGUGAAGGUGAUCACGGGCAUCACGUUCGAUGCACUGGGACACGCGAUGCCCGGUGGUCUGUACGACAUCCGGAUGGGCUCCUACGGCCGGUGCAUGGAUCCCUGCGGCACCUGCCUCAAGAUGCAGGACUGUCCGGGACACAUGGGCCACAUCGAGCUGGGCACGCCCGUCUACAACCCCUUCUUCAUCAAACUGGUGCAGCGGCUGCUGUGCAUCUUUUGCCUGCACUGCUACAAACUGCAGAUGAAGGACCACGAACGUGAAGUCAUCAUGCUACAGUUGCGCCUUAUCGACGCGGGCUACAUUAUCGAGGCCCAGGAGCUGGAGCUCUUCAAGUCGGAGAUUGUGUGCCAGAACUCCGACGAUCUGGUGACCCUCAGGAACGGCGACAUGGUGCAUCCGAACAUCGCCGCCAUGUACAAGCUGCUGGAGAAAAACGAGAAAAACUCGGGGAACACCACCAAGACGAGCUGCUCCCUGCGCACGGCUGUUACCCAAUUGGCUUUGCAGCGAGCGGGCAAGAAGUGCAGGCACUGCAACAAGUCGAUGCGUUUUGUGCGCUACAUGCAUCGCAGGCUGGUUUUCUACGUCACAAUGGCAGACCUUAAGGAGCGCGGUGGUGGUGCCCUUGAAAGCGGUGGUCAAAACAAGGUUAUCUUCGCGGACGAAUGCCGUCGGUAUCUGCGCCAGAUUUACAACAACUACCCAGAGCUCUUGAAGCUUCUAGUGCCUGUUUUGGGGCUGGGCAACACGGAUGCGUUGCAAAGCGAUCGAUCACCAGUGGAUCUGUUCUUCAUGGAAACGAUUCCAGUGACGCCGCCGCGCGCUCGUCCCAUGAACAUGAUCGGAGACAUGCUGAAGGGCAAUCCCCAAACGGACAUCUACAUCCACAUUAUCGAGAACAACCAUGUGUUGAAUGUGGUACUCAAGUACAUGAAGGGCAGCCAGGAGAAGCUCACGGAGGAGGCCAAGGCCGCCUUUGAGAACCUUAAGGGCGGCACAGCCCAUGAGAAGCUGUACAACGCGUGGCUGGCUCUACAGACUUCUGUGGAUGUGCUCCUCGACGUGAACAUGUCCCGGGAGAUGAAGUCUGCCGAAGGUCUGAAGCAAGUUAUUGAAAAGAAGGAUGGCCUCAUCCGAAAGCAUAUGAUGGGCAAGCGUGUGAACUACGCUGCGCGCACUGUCAUCACUCCGGAUCCGAAUAUAAACGUGGAUGAGAUCGGUAUUCCUGAUAUAUUUGCGAGGAAAUUAUCUUAUCCCGUGCCCGUUACCGACUGGAAUGUUACUGAGCUGCGAAAAAUGGUGUGCAACGGGCCGGAUGUGCACCCUGGAGCGAACUACAUCCAGGAUAAGAACGGAUUCACGACCUACAUACCCGCCGACAAUGCGAUUAAGCGGGAGAGUAUGGCCAAGUUGUUGUUGUCGAAUCCUAAAGAUGGCAUUAAGAUUGUCCAUAGGCAUGUGCUCAAUGGGGAUGUCCUGCUGCUCAACCGACAGCCCUCGCUGCACAAGCCCUCCAUUAUGGCCCACAAGGCUCGCAUCCUGCCCGGGGAGAAGACCUUCCGCCUGCACUACUCCAACUGCAAGGCAUACAACGCCGAUUUCGAUGGUGACGAAAUGAACGCCCACUAUCCGCAGAGUGAGGUGGCCAGGGCAGAGGCUUACAACCUCGUGAACGUGGCCAGCAACUAUCUGGUGCCCAAAGACGGCACCCCUCUGGGUGGACUCAUUCAGGACCACGUCAUUUCCGGUGUGAAGCUUUCGAUUCGCGGUCGGUUUUUUAACCGCGAGGAUUACCAGCAACUGGUGUUUCAGGGACUGUCGCACCACAUAAAGGAUGUCAAACUACUCCCACCCGCUAUAUUCAAACCAGCGAGACUUUGGUCCGGAAAGCAGGUCUUGUCCACUAUUAUUAUCAACCUUAUUCCCGAGGGCUAUGAAAGAAUUAAUCUGGAUUCGUUUGCCAAGAUUGGUGGUAAGAACUGGAAUGUGUGCCGUCCACGACCAGCAAUUUGCGGCACAAAUCCGCAGGAAAACGAGCUCAGCGAGAGCCAAGUUCAAAUCAGAAAGGGAGAACUGCUGGUUGGUGUUCUGGACAAGCAGCAGUAUGGAGCGACGACUUUUGGUCUGAUCCAUUGCAUGUACGAGCUGUAUGGCGGGGAAGUUUCCACCCGGCUGCUCACCGCCUUCACCAAAGUGUUCACCUUCUUCCUGCAACUGGAAGGCUUUACUUUGGGCGUCAAGGAUAUUCUAGUGACGGGAGAAGCGGAUCGAAAGCGGAGGAAGAUCAUCGACGAGUGUCGCGAUGUGGGAAACAGCGCAGUGGCUGCAGCUUUGGAGCUAGAGGAUGAGCCACCGCACGACGAGUUGGUCGAGAAAAUGGAGGAGGCCUAUAUGAAGGACACAAAGUUCCGAGUGCUGUUGGAUCGCAAAUACAAAUCACUUUUGGAUGGCUACACAAACGAUAUAAACAAAACUUGCCUGCCCGGUGGUUUGAUUACCAAGUUCCCCUCGAACAAUCUGCAGCUGAUGGUUCUGUCCGGUGCCAAGGGAUCCAUGGUGAACACUAUGCAAAUCUCCUGUCUGCUGGGACAGAUUGAGUUGGAGGGCAAGCGACCGCCCUUGAUGAUAUCCGGCAAAUCGCUGCCCAGUUUCACUUCUUUUGAGACCUCACCCAAGUCGGGAGGCUUUAUCGAUGGUCGCUUCAUGACGGGCAUUCAGCCGCAGGACUUUUUCUUCCAUUGCAUGGCAGGUCGUGAAGGUCUCAUUGAUACUGCUGUAAAAACCUCUCGCUCCGGUUACCUGCAGCGCUGUCUCAUCAAGCAUUUGGAGGGCUUGAGUGUCCAUUAUGAUCUCACAGUUCGCGACAGUGACAACAGCGUGGUGCAGUUCCUCUACGGCGAAGAUGGUCUCGACACUAAGUCCAAGUUCUUCAACGAUAAGUUCUGUGCCGAUUUCCUCACCCAGAAUGCCACGGCCAUUCUGCGGCCCAGUCAACUGCAGUUGAUGAAGGACGAGGAGGAUCUGGCCAAGGUGCAGCGCCACGAGAAACACAUCCGCAGUUGGCAGAAAAAGAAGCCAGCCAAGCUGCGCGCCGCCUUCACUCACUUCUCCGAGGAGCUGCGCGAGGAGGUGGAAGUGAAGCGACCCAAUGAAAUUAACGCCAAGACGGGUCGCCGACGCUUUGACGAGGGCCUGCUCAAGCUGUGGAAGAAGGCGGAUGCCGAGGACAAGGCUUUGUAUCGCAAGAAGUAUGCCCGCUGUCCGGAUCCCUCGGUGGCCGUCUACAAGCAAGAUGUGUACUACGGCAGUGUGUCGGAGAAGACGCGGAAACUGAUCGAUGACUAUGCUCGGAGGAAGCCGGCACAUAAGGAAACCAUAGCCGACAUCAUGCGGGUGAAGACCAUUAAAGCAUUGGCAUCACCUGGCGAACCAGUGGGUCUGAUAGCCGCCCAAUCGAUAGGUGAACCCUCCACUCAGAUGACACUGAACACCUUCCAUUUUGCGGGUCGUGGUGAGAUGAACGUGACGCUGGGUAUUCCCCGACUUCGGGAGAUCCUCAUGCUGGCCUCCUCGAACAUAAAGACGCCCUCGAUGGAUAUUCCCAUAAAGCCUGGUCAGCAGAACCAGGCGGAGAAGCUGCGCAUCAAUUUGAAUGCUGUGACUCUGGCCAACCUUUUGGAGUCUGUGCACAUCAACACCAGUUUAGCUCUGGAACCGGAGCGAUCCUAUGAGUAUGAGAUGCGCUUCCAAUUCUUGCCCAGGGAGGUCUACAAGGAGGAUUAUGGGGUCAGACCCAAGCAUAUCAUCAAGUACAUGCACCAGACCUUCAUUAAGCAACUGAUUCGGUCCAUAUUGAGGUUGUCGAACGGCUUGAAGACAACGAAAAUAGUUGUUAUAGACGACAAAAAGGACGCCGAUAAGGAAGAUGACGACUUGGACAAUGCCGAUGAUGUGGUUGGUCCGAAGGCAAAAGAAAAUGAUGAUGAUUCAUCGGACGACAACGGCGAUGACGAUGCGACUGGUGUGAAACUGAAGCAACGCAAGACCGAUGAGAAGGACUACGAUGACCCAGAUGACGUUGAAGAACUUCACGAUGCCAAUGACGACGACGAAGAGGCGGAGGAUCAGGAUGACGAGGAAAAGGCCCAGAACGGUGACGAGAACGAUGGCGAUGACAAGUCGGUGGAGAGGCUGCUCAGCAACGAAAUGGUCAAGGAUUAUUCCUACGACAAGGAGAACCACUUGUGGUGCAAAGUCCGGCUAAGCUUGAGUGUGCGCUACCAGAAGCCAGAUCUGACCUCCAUCAUCCGCGAGCUGGCGGGCAAGAGUGUGGUGCACCAGGUGCAGCACAUCAAGCGGGCCAUCAUCUACAAGGGCGGCCAGGAUGAGCAGCUGCUGAAAACCGAUGGCAUCAACAUUGGCGAGAUGUUCCAGCACAACAAGAUUCUCGACCUGAAUCGCCUGUACUCCAAUGACAUCCAUGCGAUUGCCAGAACGUACGGCAUCGAGGCAGCCUCCCAAGUGAUUGUCAAGGAGGUGAGCAACGUGUUCAAGGUCUACGGCAUCACGGUGGACCGCCGGCAUCUUUCGCUCAUCGCCGACUACAUGACCUUCGACGGAACCUUCCAGCCGCUGUCGAGAAAGGGCAUGGAGCACUCUUCGUCGCCCCUGCAGCAGAUGUCCUUCGAGUCCAGCCUGCAGUUCCUGAGGAGCGCCACCGGGUUCGGCAGAUCGGAUGAGCUGAACUCCCCGUCGGGUCGGCUAAUGGUUGGCCUUCCAGUGCGAAAUGGCACUGGUGCCUUUGAGUUGCUCACGAAAAUUGGUUAAUAAGCUCUUUUGUUAAGUUGAAAAUUUUUUAAAUAAACAUAGAUUAAUGUUUAAAAAA